AUGUUUGCUAAGAUUUUGGCUGUUUCUGCUUUGGUAGCUUGCGCCCAAGCUGGAGUAAUUGGAGUUGGACACCAUGCCACUUCCUACUCAUCCCUCAGUGGUGCUCCAGUAGCUCACUACUCUGCCGCCCCAGUAGCUGCUCACUAUACCACCCCAGUUGCCGCUUACAACCACGCCCCAGCUGUCAUUAAGACUAUCAGCCCAGUUGCUCACUAUGCCGCCCCAGUUGCUGCUCACUACGCCGCCCCAGUUGCUGCUUACCAAAACACCCCAGCUGUUGUGAAGACUGUCGUCCCAGUAACUCACUACGCCGCCCCAGUUGUCAAAGCUGUACACCAAGAAGUAUACCCAGACACCCACCCACAAUACUCUUACCAAUACGGAGUACAAGACGCUGUGACCGGUGAUGUCAAGAACCAACAGAAGAACGAGGAGAUGUGUCAAGGGAUCUACACUUGGUCAACCUGA